AUGGUGAGCUUUGCGUUUCAGAAAUCAUGUUGGGAGGUUGACGGAGGUUCGGCCAGCAGCCGCAAGAGGCCGAAGGUUGCGGGAGGUGACGAUUUUCCGGCGGCGGAGGAAUCAGGGCAGAACAGAAUGUCUCAUAUUACGGUGGAGAGGAGUCGGAGGAAGCAAAUGAACGACAAUUUGGCUGUACUUCGCUCUUUGAUGCCUUGUUUUUAUGUCAAAAGAGGUGAUCAAGCAUCAAUCAUUGGUGGAGUUGUUGACUACAUCAACGAACUCCAACAGCUAAUGCAAACCCUUGAAGCCAAAAGACAACGAAAAUCCUACUCCGACAUCUUGAGCCCGAGGCCCAUCUCGAGCCCGAGGAAGCCACCGUUGAGCCCGAGGACCCCACAGCCCGGCAGCCCAUACAAGACCUAUAAGCACCAGCCCCCGGGCUUCCUCAACUCAUCGCCAUCAUCUCUGCUCAGCCCGGUCGACCCAUCUCCGUGUAACUCUUCCACGUCAUCCAUAAACGACGCGGUUAACAAGCUUGUGGCAAGCUCGAAAUCAGCCACGGCCGAGGUUGAGGUCAAGUUUUCGGGCCCGAAUCUGAUGCUGAAAACGGUGUCAGCCCGUGUGCCUAAUCGGGCCGUGAGGAUCGUGGAGGUGCUGGAGGAGCUUGACCUCCAAAUCCUGCAUGUCAACAUCACCACGGUUGAUGAUAGGCUGCUCAAUACAUUCACUAUCAAGAUUGGAAUUGAAUGCCAGCUUAGUGCAGAGGAAUUGGCUCACCAAAUUCACCAGACAUUAUUAUGCUAA